AUGGAGGUUGUGCUCGAUAACGCUGCCGGCUUCGCGGCCGGGGAGGUGGCCGGAGGACAGUACCGGGGCGUGAGGAAGAGGAAGUGGGGGAAGUGGGUGUCGGAGAUCAGAGAGCCCGGCAAGAAGACGCGCAUCUGGCUGGGCAGCUUCGAGUCCCCGGAGAUGGCCGCGGUGGCGCACGACGUGGCCGCGCUGCGCCUGCGCGGCCGCGAGGCGCGGCUCAACUUCCCGGCGCUCGUCCACCGCUUCCGCCGCCCGGCCACCGCGGAACCCGACGACGUCCGCGCCGCCGCGCUCGAGGCCGCCGCCCAGGUCCGGUUCAGGCCCGACCUCGUCCUAAUGCAGAUGCAGGCCGGCGCCGCCGGCGAGGGCGGCUGCUGCGCCUACGGCGGCGGCGGCGGAAGUGACGCCGGCAGCCCGGAGCCGCCGCUGGUCGGCGGCGACGACGUGGCGUGGGACGCUUUGCUUGGACUUGGAGCCGACGACGAGCUGGCGGCAGAUCAGUCGCCCAAGAUGUGGGCUGAGCUGGCCGAGGCCAUGCUCAUGGCCCCGCCUGUAUGGGAGGGCAGUAUGGCGGACAAUGACGAGUGGGCCCAGGGUAAUCUCUGGGACCUACCUGUCUGGAACUGCUAA